AUGUGUUUAAAGCGCUUUCUGAAAGGUGGUGACAAGCGAAAUGAUACCAUUACCAAACAUGUCCACUUCUACUCUAAGCAGCGGCUUGCACUGCUUUCCAUUCUUCUCCAGGUCCUAGUGGUAGCAGUCCUCUUCCUCGUGCCGGUCUUCAUCUUGUUCUUGGUCCCAACUAGCCGAGGUGUCAUGGCCGUGACCGCAGCGGUCUUCGUCCUUGCCUUCACCGUGGCUAUCUCCUUCAUGACCGGAGCAAAAGUUCAGGAGGUAUUUUUUGGUACUGCCGCAUAUUCGGCAGUGAUUAUCAUGUUCUUGGGCAAUAUAAACCAGUCUGGGUCUCCCCAAGCGUCUUGA